GGCUGGGUUUCCAGAGAGCGAUCGAGGGAGCGAGGCAGAGGGCAAAAGAACAGAGGGAAAGCAAGGGAUAGAGAAAGAACAGAAAUAGACAGAGUCACACAAAGACACAGAGACAGACGGACAGAUGGACAGAGGGAGAGACAUGUCCUCUGUGGUUCCCCUCCUGGUUUUCUUCUGCAUGUUCUCCAUGCUCUUCGCCCAACAGGAUCCCAUUUACACUGUGUGCGCGCGCGGGUUCUUCCUGAGUGAACAGGACAUUUGUUUGCCGUGUAACUGUAAAGGCCACGCCCUCGACUGUGAGGACAUCACUGGGAUCUGCAUUGGCUGUCAGAACCACAGUACAGGUGAUUUCUGUGAGAGAUGUCAGGAUGGUUACGUGCUCCAUGUUUCUCCGGAUGGACAGCACGAGUGUCGGCCAUGUGCCUGCCCUGUCGCCACGGAGACCAACAACUUCGCCACACACUGUGAGGUGAGGGGCGUGGCUCUGCGGUGUGUGUGUCAGGUCGGUUACGCUGGACAUUACUGUGAGAGGUGUGCUCCUGGUUACUAUGGCAACCCCAUCCGCGCAGGUGACUCGUGUAAGAAGUGUGACUGCAACGGGAACUCAGACCCGAACCUGAUCUUCAACGAGUGUCACAAUGUAACGGGGCGGUGCCUACACUGUUACCACAACACCGCCGGGGACAACUGUGAGAGGUGUGCACCUGGUUACUACGGCGACGCCAUCAGCGCCAAGGACUGCCACAAGUGUGAGUGUAAUCAGUGUGGGACGGCAUCAUGUGAUGACAGGACAGGAGUGUGUCACUGUAAACCCGGAGUUACAGGACAGCUGUGUGAUCGCUGUGAGGACAAUCACUCUGGGUUCAGUAGCUGUAUGGGCUGUAGAAGGUGUGUGUGUGAAGCUGCAGCUCUGCAAACAACCUGUAACAAACUCACUCAGUCGUGUCAGUGCCGCCCGGGGGCCGGAGGACGUUACUGCGAACACUGCUUACCUGGAUACUGGGACUACACACACACCGGCUGUAAGAAGUGUGAUUGCCGUGAGGGGAACUGUGAUGCCCACACUGGAGAGUGUCUACCUGAGAUGUCCCAAGUCAGCGAGUGCAGUGUUGACUGUGAUGAGUGUAUCUGGCACCUGAUUGGUGACGUGCGUCAGUCCAAUAAAACUGUGGAUCAGCUGAGGAACAGCGUCCUGAACAUCUCUACUGGAGCUGCAGCGUACGAUCGGCUCAAAUACUACAACUACACUUCACACACACUCAGGGUGCAGUUUGUAGGAUGGAGGAAUAAAUCAGCGGUGAUGAGGAAACACACGGGAGAGCUGGAGGAGGAAACAGUUCACCUUCAGACUGACACAGAACUGCUUACACAUCAGGAGGAGGGUGUGCUGUCACUUGGGCAGCAGGUAGACAGCGACUCGCUGCACAGCUUCACAUUAGCCGAGAUGCUAGCGGCUAACCUGACUUCGCUUAAUGUGCUAGUAGAAGAGAUGAUCAGUGACUGGGUGGAGUACAGUGUGCAGCAUGAUGUGGAUCCUGAGCAGCAGAAGCAGAAGGAGAGUGAAGCUGAACACAAGCUGAGGCACAUGAGAACCCUGACCCUGUCACCCAAACACACACUCGCCACGCAGGAGAACGCACACACACAGCAGCUUCUUCAGCAGGUGCGUCAGAUGGAGAAGAGUGUGACGCAGAUGGAGACACGUCUUCCUCCGGUCAGCGAACCGAUGAAGCGCUUUAGCACAAGUCUCACACACGGGCAGAUACAUCUGCACAGGGCACACGACACACUGCAGCAAAUACACAGCACACACACGCGCAACCUGCUCCACCUACAGCGCAGAGAGGCUCACAAACAGCGUCUACUGGAGAACUAUAAUGCUGUCAAUCAGACUGUCAUGUCAGCCAACGACGUCUUAGAGGAGGCGACUAAGGGCGUGGCAGACUUGGGUACCAUGGUUACGAGCGUGAGAGAGCACCACGCGGAGGUCGACGGCGCUGCAGUAGAGAUACAGCGUAAAACCGACCAGCUCUCGAAGGCUGAUGAGAGUUUAGUGCAGAGAGCUACUGAGCAUGCUCACGAGCUGCAGAGACACGCCCACGAACUGCAGCAGAAUCUGAAGCGCAGUGAUACACAUGGGUUUGUACAGAAAGCUCUGGAGGCUUCAAACGUCUACGACAACAUCGUGAAAUACAUCAACGAGGCCGACGUGAUCGGGGGGAGUGCACUGAACAUGUCCAACAGGACAGAGGACGCUCUGGACGGUUUGGCGCCGCAGUUGAACAUCGUGAAGAGACAAAGCAGUGACAUGUUUAAGGAGACUGAGACGCUUCGCUCUGAGUACGAAGAGGUGGAGACGUCUGUCACUGACACCAAGAAAUACAUCGAGGAGACCAGAGACAUGCUGCAGACAUCACGCUCCAACCUGAAGGAGCUCGUAAACAGCAUGAAGACCCUGCAGAGAGUCCAGAAGCUGCAGUCCACUCAGGAGGCAGCACAGCACGCCCUGAAUCACUCGGCUGAGGUUCUGGGGGUCAUCACCCCGAUUAAGGAAAAAGUGGAAGAAUGGGACAGGAACAUGAGGAACAAUCAGUACUCUACCUCCGCCUACCAACAGGCUGUAGACUCCGCCCGCAACACAGUGGAGGGUCUGUCAGAAAUCGUCCCCAGGUUGUUAACAAAGCUGCAGGUUGUGGAAGAAAAGAAACCAGCCAACGUGUCCACCAACAUCAUGAGGGUCCGAGAACUCAUUGCUCAGGCUCGCAGCAUCGCCAGCAAGGUGCAAGUAUCAAUGAAGUUUAAUGGGGAGUCCUCAGUGGAGCUCCACCCACCUGCUGAUGUAGACGAGUUGAAGGCUGUGACCUCCAUUAACCUUUACGUGCGUGUGGACCCCGAUUUGGACGGCAUCGAGGAACGCUUCCUGCUCUACAUUGGAAGCAAAAACGGUAAUAAGGACUACAUGGGUGUGGCUAUAAAGAAUGACAACCUGGUGUUUGUGUAUAAUUUGGGUGGAGAAGAUGUAGAAAUUCCACUUAGCUCCAAACCUGUGAGUUCCUGGCCUCCUGUAUUUAACCAUGUGAGAGUGGAGAGACUGGGUCGCCAUGGUAAGGUCUAUCUAACAGUCCCUAGUCAGGGCAAUGUGGCUGAGCAGAAGUUUAUACAGAAAGGGGAGUGGGAUGGGACUGAAUCUCUCUUCCACCUGGACCCCAGAGAUACAGUGUUCAUCAUAGGAGGAGCUCCGGCAGACAUUAAGCUCCCCCCUGCUCUGAGUUUAGCUCCAUUUAUUGGCUGUAUUGAACUUGCUUCUCUCAAUAACGAGGUCAUCAGUCUGUACAACUUCAAAAAGCUGCAUAACAUGAAUGUUGCCGUGUCUGCGCCCUGUCCCAGGUAUAAGCUGGCAUUCUCUCAGGGCCGGGUGGCAAGUUACCUGUUCGAUGGUUCAGGUUAUGCACUAGUGAGGAACAUUGAGAGGCGGGCCCGGGUCAGUGUGGUCACGCGGUUUGACAUAGAAGUUCGCACAGUGGCUCAGAACGGGGUUCUGCUGCUCAUGGUUAACGAGGAUCAUUUCUUUGUGCUGGAGAUGAAGAACGGGUUUCUGCGCUUGGUUUAUGACUUUGGGUUUGCUAACGGUCCCAUUGUGUUGGAAGGGAACCUGGCCAAACUGCAGAUCAAUGAUGCCAGAUACCAUGAGGUGUCAGUGAUCUACCACCAGUCUAAGAAGGUUAUCCUCCUGGUAGACAGGAGUUUUGUAAAAUCUACAGAUAAUGAAAAGAAAACUCUGCCCUUUAACGAUAUUUACAUCGGAGGAGCACCGUCAGACCUGCUGAAGUCACGGUCUGAGUUCUCACCUCUGAUUGGACUGAAAGGAUGCGUAAAAGGGUUUCAGUUCCAGAAAAAAGACUUUAACCUGCUGGAGGAACCAGGAACCAUUGGCAUCAGCAGCGGCUGUCCAGAGGAGUCCUUUAUGUCACGUAAGGCCUACUUUGCAGGUGAUGGUUAUUUAAGUUCCAUAGCGAGUAUCUCUCCAUUCAGCUCGUUUGAAGGAGGAAUGAGCUUCAGAACAACCGAGCCAUCUGGACUUCUGUUCUACCACAGAGAUGGGACGGAGGAGUUCUCUCUGUCUCUGGAGAACGGUGCAGUCGUCCUUCACUCCAGAGGAACUAAAGUUAAAUCCAGGAAGCACUACAGUGACGGACGACCUCACUUCCUGGUCGCCUCCAUAACCAAGCAGAAGUACCAGCUGGUGGUGGAUGAUAAAGACAAGCAGGACAAGAAGAACUCGGGUUCUGCACCACAUACAGAGGGAGUGAAGGAGUUCUACUAUGGAGGAUCUCCUCAGAGCAACAUCCUUAACUUCACCGGCUGUAUCAGUUACGCUUACAUCAGCAGGCAGGACCGUGAUAUCGAGGCGGAGGAUUUCCAGCGUUACACUGAGAAUGUGGGCGUGUCCCUGCAGGAUUGUCCUGUGGAGAGACCUCCCACUACUCUUCGGCACACACGCUCUGUACGACACACUUUACACAAAACACACCCUGCUCCAAACACACCUGCAGCUUUACACCAGGUGAGCAGGACCGAACCUGCGCUGCUGCUGAACGUCCUGGAAGGACAGGAUGACCCUCAGACUACUGCAGAGAGGGAGGCCACACCCUGCUACCUCUCACCCCGCCCACCAGCAGUGAGAAACUCCCACUAUUUUAGUGGUGACAGUUGGCUUGCGUAUGAUGGCAUUGCUGAGGUUAUUAGAGAAAGGUCAGAGUUCUCAGUAUCACUAAGGACACACUCGGCGCAGGGGAUGGUAGCGUGUGUGUGUGGUGAGGGUGAUGAAGACUUCAUGGCGCUCUUCCUGUCUAAAGGGAAACUCGUCUUUACGUUCGGCUCCGCGCAACACACACUGCAGCUCCACACCAAACACACACACAACGAUGGACGCUGGCAUGACGUGGUGUUCAGGAGAGACGGUAACAGAGGGCUGCUGCUUGUGGACGGUCUGACGCUGAUGGAGGAUGAAGUUCAGAUCGAGGACUUCUACCUGAACCUGCAGGGGGCACUGUAUGUGGGCGGCCUUCCAGCAGGACACGCCAACAAGCACAUGAAGGUGAAGUCCGGGUUCUCAGGGUGUGUGAGAGACCUGCGUCUGAACGGCCACUUCCUCUCGUCUGUUCCGCGGAGUUUCGGGGUGACGCCAUGUUUAGAGGGAAAGACUGAAGCUGGAAUGUUUUUCUUUAAGGAGGGAGGAUAUACAGUGCUCGAUCACUCUCUGAGCGUGGGCGGUCAGUUAGAAGUGGUUAUGGAGCUCCGCCCCCGUGUGACCUCAGCACUGUUACUGCACUUCUACAUCGCACCUGAGGAGAACCUCAGCGUCUACCUGCAGCAUGGACAGGUGUUUGUGCAGCUGAACAAUGAGACAGGCGGUGUGUAUGUUUCCCCCCAACACAGCGUGUGUGAUGGCAACUGGCACAGGGUCAAAGUGGUGAGGGACAGCAGUGGACUGAAGCUGGAUGUGGACGGGAAGCAGAGGCGUGUAAUCAGGGUGAGAUUUCCAAAGCAGAAGCACAGAGUGUUAGUGCCAGUGUUCAUCGGUGGAGCACCAGAUGACACACUUCCUGUUAGCAUGAGGAUGAGGAGUAGCUAUGUGGGCUGUGUGAGGAACCUGUCCAUCAACCAGCACUCUGUUAACUUCAAACACGCAUCGCUCGUUAACGGGGUCGUUAGUGUGGACGGCUGUCCUGCGGCCUGACCAUGUGCUCGCAGGAAAUGAUGUCAUCACAAGAUAGUGGGACUUCCAGCCUGCCCUACAACUGGAGUGUACACUAGUGAUGUUUGUUAAUUCAGACACAGAGCAUGGUCACAUGACUACAACACAUGUAUCACAAUAAUCACACCACAAACACAAAUACACUCAUUAUUACACACACACACACACACACACACAUACACUAAGCAUUGUCUAAGAGCUGUGUUCCAUAUCCACUACACUGUGUUAGAGGUCAUAAUGUCACGCAAACAAACCCUGUCUGUAUUACUGAUUAUUAUUAUUAAUGUGCUGAGGUUCUAAUCUUCACUGGGAGACUCUCAAGUGAAAAUCAACACACCUAAUCGUCUGGGAUACAGUCAUCACACACCUGGGAUACACAGUCAUCACACACCUGGGAUACACAGUCAUCACACACCUAAUCGUCUGGGAUACACAGUCAUCACACACCUAAUCGUCUAGGAUACACAGUCAUCACACACCUAAUCGUCCGGGAUACACAGUCAUCACACACCUAAUCGUCCGGGAUACACAGUCAUCACACACCUAAUCGUCUAGGAUACACAGUCAUCACACACCUAAUCGUCUAGGAUACACAGUCAUCACACACCUAAUCGUCCGGGAUACACAGUCAUCACACACCUAAUCGUCUAAGAUACACAGUCAUCACACACCUAAUUGUCUGGGAUACACAGUCAUCACACACCUAAUCGUCUAGGAUACACAGUCAUCACACACCUAAUCGUCCGGGAUACACAGUCAUCACACACCUAAUCGUCUAGGAUACACAGUCAUCACACACCUAAUCGUCUGGGAUACAGUCAUCACACACUUAAUCGUCUGGGAUACAAAGUCAUCUCACACCUAAUCGUCUGGGAUACACAGUCAUCACACACCUAAUCGUCUGGGAUACAGUCAUCACACACUUAAUCGUCUGGGAUACACAGUCAUCACACACCUGGGAUACACAGUCAUCACACACCUAAUCGUCUGGGAUACACAGUCAUCACACACCCAAUCGUCUGGGAUACACAGUCAUCACACACCCAAUCGUCUGGGAUACACAGUCAUCACACACCUGGGAUACACAGUCAUCACACACCUAAUCGUCUAGGAUACACAGUCAUCACACACCUAAUCGUCUAGGAUACACAGUCAUCACACACCUAAUCGUCCGGGAUACACAGUCAUCACACACCUAAUCGUCUGGGAUACACAGUCAUCACACACCUAAUCGUCUGGGAUACAAAGUCAUCUCACACCUAAUCGUCUGGGAUACACAGUCAUCACACACCUAAUCGUCUGGGACACAGUCAUCACACACCCAGUCGUCUGGGAUACACAGUCAUCACACACCCAAUCGUCUGGGAUACACAGUCAUCACACACCUGGGAUACGCAGUCAUCACACACCUAAUCGUCUAGGAUACACAGUCAUCACACACCUAAUCGUCCGGGAUACACAGUCAUCACACACCUAAUCGUCUGGGAUACACAGUCAUCACACACCUAAUCGUCUGGGAUACAAAGUCAUCUCACACCUAAUCGUCUGGGAUACAGUCAUCACACACCUAAUCGUCUGGGAUACAGUCAUCACACACUUAAUCGUCUGGGUUACAAAGUCAUCUCACACCUAAUCGUCUGGGAUACACAGUCAUCACACACCUAAUCGUCUGGGAUACAGUCAUCACACACUUAAUCGUCUGGGAUACAGUCAUCACACACCUGGGAUACACAGUCAUCACACACCUAAUCGUCUGGGAUACACAGUCAUCACACACUUAAUCGUCUGGGAUACAGUCAUCACACACCUGGGAUACACAGUCAUCACACACCUAAUCGUCUGGGAUACACAGUCAUCACACACCUAAUCGUCGGGGAUACACAGUCAUCACACACCUGACGUCCUGGUCUGUUUAUCAUUUAAUUAAUCGCUCACAGCGUUCCUACAUGUUCUUACUGUGUGCUGUGUGUCUUAAACAAAUGUCCCUUUUCAAAUAAAUAAGUGCAUCUUUAAAAAAA